AAAUCUAUUAGCCACAGGAACCUUUUUUCCCCCCACGUGUUUGCUGUAACUGACAGACACAGCUAUCCUUCAGGAACUGGAAUCAAAGCUCUCCAAAGGGUUUUCAACUUUUCAUCACAGCUGAGGAAAUGGAAAUGACGAAUGCGGAAUGGGACUGCUUAGAGCAAGCAAGCGGGUCAAUGGAUGAACAGCGUCAUACAUCUCAGAAAAAAGUUCUCCGUGUCCUUCAGUUCAUCCAAGGGAAGCAUGUUCUCAUUCUCUGGGCCAUGUUGGGCAUUAUCUUUGUGGUUUUUACAGCUCUUCUCUCUCAGAUCCUCAGCAAUAACUCAGAGAUGUCCAAAGAUAUCAACAGGAUGAAUGCUCAGUGGUUACAGAGGUCCAAUAACAUGUCUGGAACCAUUUUGAAAAUUGAGUCAGAAUCCAAGAAAGAGCUGUCAUAUCUCCAGGAAUCUGUGGGUGCUCUGAAGGGAGAAGGGAAUUUGAUAGCCCCAGUUCUAGAAGAAUUGACUGAGAUGGAAAGGGAGAAUGGUAAAAUUGUCAAAGACGUAACACAAAUGAGGGAAGAGUUACAAAGCUUCGCAGUUGCUCUGAUGGCAAAAGGGAAUUCGACAGCCUCAGUGCUAGAAGAACUGGCUGCGAUGAAGAAGGAGAAUGGAAGAAUUGCCAAAGACAUAACACAAAUGAGGGAAGAGUUGCAAAGCUUCACAGUUUCUGUGACGACAAACAGGACUUGGUCUCCCUCUGUGCUAGAAGAACUGGCUGAACUGAAAAGGGAAAAUGGUAGAAUUACCAAAGAUGUGCUACAGGUACUGGAAGAGUUGCGUAACUUCACAGAGCUCGUCUGCACCAGGUGUCCAGAAAAUUGGCUGACGUUUCAGCGAAGCUGCUACUUCUUUUCUACACUACGCAAACCCUGGAGGGCUGCCAACAAGUCUUGUGAGAAUGAAGGGGGUCACCUGGUUAUUAUUAACCAUUGGGCAGAACAGAAGUUUUUAUUAAACCAACUAGCCAAUGAACAGGUGUUUUGGAUUGGCCUAAGUGACAUUGACAAGGAACAGAAGUGGAUCUGGGUAGAUGGCACUCCCUUAUCUAUCUCCUUCUGGGGGGCCGGAGAACCCAAUGAUGCUGGACAUGGCGAGGACUGUGCUACGCUGCUCUUCAAUGGGAAGUGGAAUGAUGCAGUGUGUUCUUCAGUGGACUACUGGAUCUGCGAGCGGAGAUGCUAGUCAAGAUUUCCUGUCUACGCAACACCUCUACUCCAACUUGAGGGAACCACUGGCUGUAUAACACCCCGGAGGUUAUUUUAGGGCAUGGGGGGCUUAUUUGCUAUCAUCACGGGCAUGCGGCAUCUCACAUUCUGAAAAGGUUGAUUAGUUUAUAGUCAUUGAGUAGCCAUCCUCACCUGUUUCCGUCCUUUCAUUUUCUGAAGCCUCCCCUAGAAUGCUUGACUGCAAAUUCUGCUUCAUGCUCUGUCAAACAAACAAACAUUUAAUUUCACUUUGUAUCACUUCAAACCUCCCUUAUGCAAAUCAGUCACGUCGUGUCUGUUCUGAAGCAUGGUAGCUGCAGGAUUCUCUUUGAAUUUCACUUAAGUUGCAUCUGCUAGUGCAGUUGCUGCUUCUGCUGCAUUGGGAGAACACCUGCGCUGAAUUUAUGUGCACAUAUAUACCUAUUUACAUGCCUGUUUGGGUGCAGGUGCUACCAAGUGUGAAUGUCCCAGAGUAUAUGAUAGAAUGUAUCUGCAGGGAUCUGUGUUUUUGUGUGAAUAUUAGCGUAUAUCCUCUGUGAGGAGGAUUCCCACCCCGCACAUAUAUUUAGCUGGUAAGUGAGAUCUCCUUUUCAUCUUUCCCGGAUGCAAAAUCACAGAAACAGUUUGUGUGGGCAGCGCUUCAUUGGGUCUGGCUGUUGAAGGGAUGAGAACAAAUAGACACACAGAUAUAGCUGGGAUACUAAAUUGGCCACAACUUUAUUGACUCACUUGAAUAGGCUUGGCAGUGGCAUAGGGCGAGGAUCCUGUCAUUGGCCAGCCUAUCUGCUGACUGAUUCCCUUUCCUGGCCUGAAUUCCAGCAAUACUGGUGAUGGAUGGAAAGGCCAGGGCCACACCACAGCAUGGAUCACGAAUGUGCACCCCUUUCCACCACCCCAGUCUUGGCCAGUUUGCAGCCUCUAUGCUGGUCUGGUCUUGGUGCCACGUCCACAAAAUCCCUUAUGGGAACCCUCACCAUGGGAGAGCUGGGAGUCCAAUCCCACUUCCCCCUUGCCAGUGGAUCCAGCCCAAUGUCUAUCAUGCCUAUGUAACUUGUGAUAAAUGUUCUAAAAUUUAUCCUGAACUCCCUCCUGAACUCCUGUUCCUUGUGUGUCAUGUCUUUAUUAGACUGUAAGCCUGAGGGCAGGGGCUGUCUUUUUU